CCGCGCGGCUGCAAGGUUUUACGACGGCAAAAUUGUAGUUCGACUUGGAUAUGAUGGCUACCUCGUUGAUUUGUAGCGAAACACAAAGCAGAGUGAGUUCAGUGCUAAACAGAGAUGUGAAGCAGUAUGGCAAAAAAUACAUGUUCGAUAAGAAUGAAGAAACAUGCUGGAACUCAGACCAGGGUGAAAAUCAGUGGGUGUUGCUGGACUUCCCUGAGUCGGUUCAGGUAUCGGAGAUAAAAAUCUUGUUCCAAGGAGGCUUUUCAGCCAAAACAUGCAGAUUAGAAGGCUGCCUCAAGGAGGGACACUUCACAGAAAUCAGCCACUUUUACCCAGAAGACAACAACUGUCUGCAAAGCUUUCCCAUACAGAAGGCCCCGGCAGUGGAUAAAAUAAAAAUCCUGUUUGAGAACAGUGCGGACUUUUUUGGGAGAGUUAUUGUUUAUUCCUUGGAUGUUUUUGGGGAAAAAACCUCAUGAACUUUUUUCUUCUUCUUUUUUAUUCUCUUGUGAGAGAGGAAAUGAGCCCUGGUAAAGGGUACUGCAGCGACACUUGGUAAACAUGUGGUGGGCUCCGCCAYCUCGUGAACCUGAUGCCAACUUGGCCUCUUUUGGUCUGGAUGCAUUCUGCCGUCUUUUACCUCACUGAAACAUAGUGCUUUGAUUCAUCAGUGAUGGCUGCAGAUUGUAUGGAGUUACUGUGUGAACUGUAUACACACAUACUGUUCCUUAGACCUAAAUAAAACAGUUUUUUUUAAAUAUUUUAUUAAAACUUAUUCACAGAAGUUUUUUUAAAUUGUUUCAUAAAUAAAACAAAUCUGCAUGUUUCGCAUCUCGUGUUACAAAGUUUUAACACAUUGCAUAAAAGCAUAAAAAGCAUUGCAUUCAUGAAGAUUUAGUGCAUAAAUUAAAAAAGUCCRGGCAAACUCACUUCAGAUGGACAGACUGGAUGUUUUCCUACCAUCUUACCAAUCUGACAACUACAUGUAGAGUUGGGAGAAGMUUCGUUCGACUGCUUUGUUUUAGUUUCAUGUUGGUGGCUUGUAGAGUUUCAGGAUGUGAUACUCCAACACUUUCUGAACUAGAAAACAAAAAAAGAAAUGUAAGCAUUUAUAAAUAAAAUGUAAUGCCACUUGUGUUUUUUUUUUUUCAGAAAUAAAAUUCAGAAUUCGUGCAGUCAGCAUAUUUUGACAGUUAUUGUGUUAAAAAUGUUCUUCAGAAAUUGAAAUAAAAUAUCAGCUGAUUGCAAACCA